UUCGCGCUUCUCGGGUUCGCGCCGCCCUCUGCUGGAGCAGGUAAAGCACCCGUGAGCUUCACCAGCCUGGCUGCCCAGAUUCUCGCCUGCUUCCGGCCCCGGCCCCUGGCUAGAGGGGGGCGAUACAGCGAGGCUCUGAACCCCCCUUCCCAAGGGUUCUUGUGACACUCCGGCUUCGGGAGUCCCCAUUCUUUGAGGUGAGGCCCCGCCUGGCUUCCUCAGCGUCCCUGCAGAUCCCGCCAUGGGCAACACGAGCAGCGAGCGCGCCGCGUUGGAGCGGCAGGGUGGCCAUAAGACGCCCCGGAGGGACAGCUCGGGGGGCGCCAAGGACGGAGACAGGCCCAAGAUCCUGAUGGACAGCCCCGAGGACGCCGACCUCUUCCACUCCGAGGAAAUCAAGGCUCCAGAGAAGGAGGAAUUUCUGGCCUGGCAGCAUGACCUGGAAGUGAAUGACGCAGCCCCUGCCCAGGCCCGGCCGACUGUGUUCCGGUGGACAGGGGGUGGAAAGGAAGUUUACUUGUCUGGGUCCUUCAACAACUGGAGUAAACUUCCCCUCACGAGAAGCCACAACAACUUUGUUGCCAUCCUGGAUCUGCCCGAAGGGGAGCAUCAGUACAAGUUCUUUGUGGAUGGCCAGUGGACACACGACCCUUCCGAGCCAAUCAUCACCAGCCAGCUUGGCACAGUUAACAACAUCAUUCAAGUGAAGAAAACGGACUUUGAAGUGUUUGAUGCGCUAAUGGUGGAUUCCCAGAAGUGCUCCGACAUGUCUGAGCUGUCGAGUUCCCCGCCCGGGCCCUACCACCAGGAGCCCUACAUCUGUAAGCCAGAGGAACGCUUUAAGGCGCCCCCCAUCCUCCCGCCCCACCUGCUGCAAGUCAUCCUGAACAAGGACACAGGGAUCUCGUGUGAUCCAGCCCUGCUCCCGGAGCCCAAUCACGUCAUGUUGAACCACCUGUAUGCUCUCUCCAUCAAGGAUGGCGUGAUGGUGCUGAGCGCAACCCACCGGUACAAGAAGAAGUACGUCACCACCUUGCUCUACAAGCCCAUAUGAGGAGCUGGGAGUGGUCAGGCCGCAGGGGGCAGCCCGGGCCACCGGGCUCCACGGGCAUGCUUCAUGCGAGCGGGAAUGGACCACGCAUCGCUCAUUUCACACUCGGUGGGACAGCUCAUGCCGGCCCAAGCUCUACUUGAAGGUCUGUUUCAGGCUCGAGCAGCUCCAGGAGCACCGUGUCUGCAACGGUCCUCACCCCAGAGGCUUCGAGCCCCGCCCAGGUGAGCUGCAGCCACCGCAUGGCACUGCGAAGGGACAGGUGCCACUCAGUCUCCAUCCACCCACCUGGUCACGGAGGGCGUUCUCAAGCCAGGACCGCCAGGCAGGGCACCGAGGCCACACAGAAUUCCUUGACUCUGUGCAUCUUCCCAGUCUCGCCCCAGUCGGGACGUGGCGGUGGCGCUAGCAGCACGCGCACGGUUGGCCUUGCCUGUCCUCCACUGUAAUCAAAGCAAUAGGUUCUCUUCCAUUCUGUCGCAGAGAGGGGACGUUUCUAUAGAAAUUAGAACCUGUCUGAUUUCCAGAUGAAGUUUCUCACUUACUUCUUAUACUUUGGUGCACUAAGAACCUUUUAUAUCCCAGAGGUGGUCGACUGUAGGGCCUUAAGGCAACGUUCCAUCACCACACUUGGGCCAUGGAUCACGUGACAUGUGCUCAGCAAUAAUCUGACCUCCAAACAGACACCAGACUGCUACCGCUUUCUCCAGCCGGCUGAGCCACCCCCAGGCCCCGCUGCUGGGGCGGGGAGGCCGGCCUGCCCAGCUUCAGUUCGAGUCACUCUGAGGCGCGAGUAUUACUAUUAAAAACCAAAACCAUGGCGAUGGAGAGGCACCCACCUGUUUCAAAUGGCAGCCCAGGCCGCCGGGCCCAACACCUCUCUGCCCCGAGGGAGGAGGUUGAAGAGAUCCGAAAGUAGACGGUGGCCUCGUGGACCAAGUGAAGGACCGGGUUCUUUGACUCAGUUUCCCAAGAGCUGCCCGCAGAGGGUGAGGGGUGGGACAAGGGCCCUGGUGUCCAGGGUUUAUUUGGUAAACCUGAAUUCCCAGCUCCCUUUUUUGUUCUCAAAGCAUGAAAUGACUAUCACCUUGUUUCAAUAAAACUUAAAAGAGUC